CCUUUCCAUGAGUGAGAUGUAUGACUUGUAUCAGAUAGGACGAUGCUCUGAUCAUUGAUUUUCCAGCAAGAAUUGCUUGAGAGCCUGCCGUUGGCCGUUGUUGAGUGAUGUCGUCAAACCAAUUCCUCUUCGACAUCAAGAACUGUAUUUGCAAGUGCAACCGUCGGGGCGGGUCGAGUGGAUAUUGAUGCGCACCGGGAUGCAUUUACCUUGGUUGUUGAGGUUUGAAAAUUUGAUGAAAUGUUUUGAAGUUAGGAGGCUUUCAAGCUUUUUCUGGCGGGUAUGAUGAGGGAUUGUCCUGAGAUUGAGGAGUGUCGAGAUGUGGGGUAUUUGCAUUCCCCGGUCGGCGGAGUCAAGAGGGAUGUUCCUGCUAGUCGAUGAGAGCCAACGACGACCAAUCCAACUGACAACCAAUCACAACCGAACUCAAUCGAUUCAGAUCAAACAACUCGGUCUUCCUCAAGGAUGCCCAAAGGUUACCCGAAAGAUUACAUUCCAGCCGUCCCCGUCGGAGCACCGGCAACGAUCGCUGAACCUCAGGCUUUGCCGUUCGUCUUCACCGGCUUCCAGCCGUUAUCGACCAUCAAUGGGAAGAACGUUGCCUCGGCAUUCGGAAAGUCCGAGCACCAGUCCUGGUGGACCCGGCGGGCCGAUGAUGAGACUUGGGAGGCACAACGACAUUGGAAGAAGACCGUCAUGCUCGGCGGCGAUGAUUGUGCAUUGCUCUCCUCCUCCACACUCCCCCCAGCCAACACCGAAUCUUCUUCGACUAAUGAUCGAGCGACCAGCAUCAAUGGUGAUUCGUCCACCAAACCGAACAAGUCUCACCCAUCCUCCUCAUAUCAUUCAAGCCUCAACGACCCUGCUCAACGGACCAUCGUUAUCCACCCUGGCUCUCGAACGGUGCAGAUAGGCCGAGCCUGUGACCCGCUACCAAUCUCGAUCCCCAACGUGGUUGCCCGGAGACGCUAUCCGAAUCACGGAAAGCAGCCGCUCAGUGGACUCUUCCGGAACUUCGAGCCCUCCUCGACCCAGGAGGCUAAGGACACAUUCACUUCGAAGACCAAUGCGAUCCGGACCGAGCUGCGUAGUCGGAUGCGUGCCAUCAAGCUCCGUGGGAUCACCAAUGGUCAGGGCAUUGCCGCCAACCAUAACGCAGAUGCGGCACCACUAACACUCAGUGAGGACCAGGACCCACUCGGAACGGUCUGGCCUCCAGUCUCCGGUCCAGAAUCUAAGGAUAUCUACGUCGGAGAUGACGCCCUCCUCAUCCCUGAACCCGAAAAAAAUAAUUAUGCUGUCCGCUGGCCGAUCGUUAGGGGUCAACUCAACUCAUCUGAAGACUCGGGCUACCUCACUAAGGGCGAAAUCUUGGCCGACAUCGAGGCCGUUUGGGUGUACGCUCUAUCCACUCGUCUCGGUAUCAAAGAACAAGAUUUGAAAGAAUAUUCAGCAAUUUUCAUCUUACCUGAUAUCUAUGAUCACGUGUACCUGCGGGAAAUGGUCGACUUACUCUUCCGGGCGUUAGGCUUCAAACAGAUCUGUCUACAACAGGAGUCACUCUGUGCAUGUUUUGGGGCGGGGCUAGGGACGGCAUGUGUAGUGGACAUGGGUGCGACGAAGACAUCAGUAUCGUGUGUCGAAGAAGGCUGGGUGCUUCCGGAUACCCGGAUCCAGUUGGCGAUCGGCGGCGAUGAUAUCACUAGUGUACUUGCUGGAAUGCUUCGUAGACAGAACUUCCCCUACAAAGAUCUGAACCUCAAUUGCACCUGGGAGUGGCAGAUGAUCGAACAGCUCAAAGAGGAUAUGUUGGUCCUCAGUGAGGGCGACGUUGGUUUGAACUCAUUCACCUUUUUCGUCCGCCAUCCUCAAAAACCCACCGUUAAAUGGAGUGUUCGUGCUUACGAUGAAGUGAUUAUUCCAGCCAUGAUUUUAUUUUCACCAUCGAUUAUUGAAUUUGAUCGGAAGCUAAACAUGAAAAAACGAGUGUACGCGGAUAAGGAAGAUGUGGAUGAUGUGUUAGAUCUAGGUGGGAAUCCGAUUACGGAGGCGAUGCGGAAUUCGACGAGUAUAUCAGUCUUCACGAAGCCUCAGCCGGCCGGAGGGACGGGUGGAGCCAAUGGGGCUGAUCCGAGCCGGUUGACGGUUGCACAAGCUGAGGAGACCGUCUCAGGAACGGGAGAGGAUGGAGCGUCACCCUACAACGGUACACCCCAACCAAACACGCUCGGUGUCGAAUCUAACGCGCCCACGCCUCGACCUAGUCCAAGUCUUACCACCCCCAAACCGGCUGCUAAUCCCACCACGACCAGUAACACCGAACCCUUCGUGACUCCUUCGGCUGCCUUCGUCUCCGCUGUCUCGAAAAUUCCCCUCCAUGAAGCAGUCGUUCAGAGCAUCUUGGCCUGCGCUAGUGAGGAAAGAUGUAAGCGGAUGGCUGGCGCUAUCAUGAUCGUCGGUGGGGGUGCACUGAUACAUAAUGUUGGCUAUGCACUCACAACACGGAUACAACCGAUGUUAGCGGCUAAAUAUCCGACGAUCGAAGCGACCACGAUCCCGCCUCCAAGGGACCUUGACCCCAGAAUAUUAGCUUGGAAGGGGGUCUCAUUGAUUUGUAGGAUUGAAUCAGCUUCUGAUCUGUGGAUCCGCUCUAGUGAUUGGGAGGUCUUGGGAUCUAAAGCUAUCAAGGAUCGGACUAUCUUCAUGUGUUGAUUUUGUUUUUCCAUAUUGUUUUUCUUUGUAAUUGUGAAGAUUUCAUAGCUUUGGCUUUACAUUAUGUAUAUUGAUGAGUUUUAUGUUCACAUAAUAUAUCUUCUGUAAUCUCUGAUCUUCUUUGACUUCUUUGCUCAACCUCUAAUACCCCUCUCUUUCUCAAAAUGGAUGACUUCUGGUGGUCAAAUCUUCACCCCCCAGAAAUUCAAGCCAAUUAUAAAACACACUAACACUACAAGAAAAAGCCAAGCA